CUGGCCAACUCUGAAUACCAGCUCCUGGGUUGGUUCUCAUAGCAGAAUGGCCUAAUUCUUCCAUGUCUUCUCUUCUACCUCUGAAAAGCCUCGAUGGCGCUUCAAGGAGUUGCAUGGGGCAUAUCUGUCACAAAUGGAUCAUGUCCCCUAUCAUCUCCAAGCUUCUGGACAAAGCCUUGUCCUACUGCAAAUUCGACAAAGAAGAGACGCUUCAUCGCCUGUUGACCGAUGUUCUCCCUCGACUGGCGCUUACCAUGGAAGCAGUAGAGAACAUCCGUCAUAGGAAACUCCUUGAGGAGAUCGUGAGGGAGCUCAAAUCCGCUUUCCAUGACAUGGAAUAUAUCCUCGAUGAUCUGGAGUAUAUUCGUCACCACAAGAAGCUGCACAACCAGAAAAUUCUCCAACAAAAGAGAGAGAAGAAAAGGCCCAGAACGGCUUCCGAAGCUGAAGCUAGCUCCUCAAACCAGGAUAUUUUUGUUGAAUCGAGUUAUACUCUCACCGGAGAUCUUAAUCGUCGUUUGAAGCGUAAUAUGGACAAGAUAGAAAAACACAUUAAUAAAGCACAAGACAUUAUUGCACUAGCAAAGCCGUCAAGCAAGCGUGAAACUGUUACUGCCAAAAAUACACAUGCACCCACCACUUCAGCUCCAACAGCAAAGGUAACUGGACGAGAUGAGGAUCGUCAGAGGAUUAGUGAAAAGCUUCGUGGUGCCAAUCUGAGCUCAGGGAACAACAAAUGUUUCUCUGUAAUUGGUAUUCAUGGCAUACCAGGAUCUGGAAAGACAACCCUCGCACAACAUGUUUGUGAGUAUGAAAAAACUGAGAACUAUUUCGACCUUGUUAUGUGGAUUCAUGUUUCUCAGAACUAUAGUUUGCGUGUCAUUUUCAAGGAGAUGCUUGAGGUAGCUUCAAUGGACAAAAGCAAUGACCCACCUGCAUACAGUUACAGUAGCCUAGGUGUCCUGGAAGACAAAUUGAAGGAGAAAAUAAAAGGCAAACGAUUUCUCUUGGUACUAGAUGAUAUCUGGUGCAAUAAGGAUGCCGAUACGAAGGAGCUACCAAGGUUACUUUCUCCAUUGAAGGUUGGAGGGGAAGGAAGCAGGAUCCUAGCGACAAGUCGCAAUAAAGAUGCAUUUUCAGAUCUAGGUCCUGAUGUGGCCCGUGAUGUUUUUGCUAUACCUGACUUGGAUGGCGAAGUCUUCUUGAACCUGUUCAUGUAUUAUGCCCUUGAAGAUCCAAAUGCAGAUGAUCCAGAUAAAGCAGAACUCAGAAGUAUUGGAGCUAAAAUUGCACUGAAGCUGAAAGCACUACCACUGGCAGCCAGUACAGUGGGGGGACAACUACGUAUCAGACAAAAUGAUGUUAAAUUUUGGAGGGAAGUUCAACAUCGGGACCUUCUGAAUGAUACUACAGGGGCCCUGUGGUGGAGUUACCAGCAUCUUGAUGAGCAAGUCAGGCGAUGCUUUGCUUACUGUAGUAUUUUUCCUAGAAGGCGUCGCUUGCUCCAAGAUGAGUUAAUUAAUUUGUGGGUGGCAGAGGGAUUCAUACAGACUACUGAUGCAGAGGAGGACAUGGAAGCUGUUGGUCGGGGUUACUUUCAUAAGUUACUAGCAACCUCAUUUGUGCAACCCGGAGGGAAUGAUCAAUAUAUAGUUCAUGAUCUUAUGCAUGAUUUAGCUGAAAAGGCGGCUGGGGAUGAUUGCUUCAGAAUCGAGAAUGGCUUGACAAAAAAAGUUCCGCGUGAUGUUCGCCAUCUUUUUGUUGCAGAUGCAGCAAUGGUAACCAAGGAGAUUUUUGAAUUGGAGAACCUAUGCACUCUCAUUAUUGAUGUGGAGAGGCCUGAACUAGUUAACACAAUUUUUUUUGAGGAAGUGUUCGAGAAGCUGAAGAAAUUACGGGUACUUGUUGUACAAGCUGGGUAUAAUGAUUAUUUAGAUGAUUCUUAUUUGGAUAUUCCACGAAGUAUUGGUCAGUUAAAGUAUCUACGCUAUCUUAGAAUAGUGGUCCCCACAGAAAACCUGUCGUUACCAAAAACAUUAGGCAAACUUUACCAUCUGCAGGUGCUAAUGUUGCAUUUAUGUGCUGUAGAAAUUUCCCCUGAUACAAAUCUGAGUAACCUCACCAACUUGCGGCAUGUCAGCGGCGUAAGUUUCUUUGCGGCUGCGUUCAUUGGUAGUUUAACGUCAUUACGAACACUUGCAGAUUUCGAAGUAAGGAAGGAGGUUGGGUAUGAGUUGAGCCAGCUGAGAGACCUAAACAAGCUUCAGGGCUAUCUGAGUAUCCGUGAUCUUGGAAAUGUUAAAAGCAAGAGGGAGGCGUGUGAAGCAAAGCUAGCUGACAAGAAAGGACUGACAGAAUUGGUACUGCAGUGGGACCAUGAUACGAGCUGCACACCACAAGUUCAAGCAGAGGUACUUGAGGCUCUUUGCCCACCCGAGCAUCUUGAAAAUCUGGAAAUCAUCGGUUACCAAGGUCCGAGCUACCCAAGUUGGAUGCUGAGUGAGCAGAACAGCGGCCCAAAGUACCUAAAGACACUAGCGCUGGACUCCUGCUGGCUGGAACCUGCUCCUCAACUGUUUGAGGUUUUCAUUAAUCUUCGCAAGCUCAUGAUUGGACGCUGCAACUGGGACCACUUGCCAGCCAGUGUGAAGGACCUCAGGUGGCUCGAGAGCCUACUGAUUGUUGAUUGCUGGCGUCUUGAAUCUCUUCCAGAACUUCCCAGUUCUCUUAAGAAGUUUAAAUUGGUGGGAAGCGACAAUGAGUUCGUGAAGUCGUGCAAACUAGAAGGUCAUCCUAAUUGGGAAAAGCUUCGGCAUCUCGAGAACCCGCCGAUACUUGAUGUUGGCACACCGGAAUUCAUGCCGCAGGAAGAACACGACACAGACGAAGAUGAAGUAGAAGAUUCACCAUCGUUGUGAUAUGCUGCCAAAUUGGCUCGGUAGUGAUUUCUGGCCCUACGCAUGCCUUGUCAUUAGGCGUUAUAUGCUCGUUGCGGACCAUGCUGCAUUUAUUUAUCUUCCAAUGGCUUGUAAUAAUGUGGAAUUGUGACCACUGGAUUUAUCUGACAAUUCCUAUGGCUUGUAUUGUUGUGGAGUGAUUGCCAGUGGAUUUAUUUGCUUCCGAUGACUUGUAAUAAUGUGGAACGUUGACCACUGGAUUAUUUGUUUCCUAUAGUUUGUAAUACUGUGGAAAUAUGACCACUGGAUUUAUUUGUUUCAUAUAUGGUUUGUAACAUUGAGGAAUGA